GGGGUCUGACACACAGCUAAUUAGAGCACGCAGGUGAACCGCUGAUAUUUAAUGCGUGACAUGCAGAAAGGGAAGACAGUUUUGACUCUCUUCAGGUAUCAGCUGCAGCUUUCACUUUUUCGGGAAUCACUGUAGAAAAAUGGUUUCUCAGUUGGAAAGUGCAAUGGACAGCCUUAUCAAAGUCUUCCACACAUAUUCUUCCAAGGAAGGGGACAAAUACAAACUGAGUAAAGCUGAGAUGAAGAGCCUUCUACAAGGAGAACUAAGUGACUUCUUAGCUGCAAGCAAAGAUCCACUGGUUGUGGAGAAGAUAAUGUCUGAUCUAGAUGAGAACCGAGAUGGAGAAGUGGAUUUCCAGGAAUUUGUAGUUCUGGUGGCAGCACUUACUGUGGCAUGUAAUGACUUCUUUGUUCAGUGUAUGAAAAACUGAUACCUGUUCAGGUCAUCUGGACUUUCUCUUCUGCGUUAAUAAAGUGUAUUGCACUGAGCACAUGAUCAUUCUUUUGUAUAAAACCACCAUGGUACUUUGCCAUUGAAGAGCCUGGAUGCAAAUCCCUAGUAGGUCUUCAUGGAAGCAGUUUGGACCCCUUUAUCCACCAAUGAAAGGUGUAGCAGCAAACAUGACCUUUUCAUUUUGGACUACCACAUUUGGAUCCUGUUGCCAUUAUUUUAGAAUUACUAGUUGACUGACUGCAAGAACAUGUAAGUUUGAAGGCAACUAAAGUCAUUUUAUGUUCACCUGGAGGAGCUUUUAGAAAUGUAAAGCACUGAUAGCAUUGUACUGCAGAUAAAUUUUUCAUGACCAAAUGUGAAAAUCACUUCACAGUGGGCACUAUGAAACUUAUUGUGAUUGUAAUAAAACACAUACUGAUAUUUUAGCGAUUGGACCCCAAUUUAGCAGGCCGUACUGGCUAGGUGAUAAAGGAUGUUGGAAGGGUGAGGGGUCAAAUUCCUGCACUGCCAAGAUGCCAUAUGUUGGGCUCUUCAAUGAGAUUCCAAGCCAUGGCAGAGCAUUCUAUGGUUGGCCUUUGUGCUCUGAUCUCAAUUUUUUUUUUUUUUUUUUUUUUCCAAGGGAACUAGGCAAAGAAACAGUUUGUUCUGUGCACAUUUAUAUCAAAAGCCACCAACAUCUAUAUGGCCUCAACAGCUCAAACACUUUGCUACCUUCUAGGCCUAGGUGAGAAGUGUCCCAGGUAACAAAAUACCACACAGGGGUUCUUGGCCCUCAUGAACUCUUGUAUUAAAAGAAUUGAACACUGUGGGGUCAAUUUAAACUCCACAGAUUCAGGACAGCACUGAUGCAGAUUGUUUAAAGCUACAGUAAAUACUUUCAUGCAAUAGUCCUGUAACAGUUAUUCAGUUAGUGCUCCUUGAAUUGGUGGCAAUGCAUUUGCCAGAUCAGGUACAGCAAACAAUAAUCUCAAUCUUUAUGCAUGAAAGAAAUCCAACUUGAUCGUGACAAGCAGCCAAUUCAGAGGAGGCAGUGAAGAAAGUUCAAUAUCAAUAAGAUGAUUUAAGUAUCUGUCUUGAGAAAUGCUUUGUGAGGAAACCAUGAUUAGCAGAUUCAGUUAGUCAUUUAACAAACAAAUAUGUGAGGGGUAGGUUAUGAAUCCAAUAGUUGUAAAUUGCAAAUAUAUGUACCUUCAUGAGUUCGCACUGUUGUGGGUUCAUGCCAGUUCUCUAAUUUACACUGAUGAAUGCAUACAAACGCUACUUGAGUGGUAAUAGCCCCACCUU